AUGAGGAGGACCACGGAUAUGCCCCCGCAUCUGCACCUGAUCAUGGCCCAUGGCCGGUUCAACCUGCACGUCACCGACUACAUCCCUUCUAUUGCCGGCGCGGCCGAGGAGGACAAGCGCACCAUCGUGUGGGAGGGUGCUGAGGGAUUGUUCCAGUCAAGAAACACCAUGGUUAGGUUCACCGAGCAUUCGAUGGUAGUCUCCAAGAUCCCUACCGCCAACGAGAUCAAGGGGACCGAACCGGAUGGCUUCUUGCUGCUGGAAACCACAACCAAACGGGAGGUGUUGGCUAAGCUCCACGCUGAGCUCCACGCCAGGGCUGGCCUGGAUGAGGCCGACAAGGAACCCGCGCCCCCCACUGCCGCCAUCGCCGACCCUGUAGCGCACGAGGCGACGAUUCCCGUUGUACACCCAGCACUUUCGCUGAAGGUCGGGGAGGUACUGACCGGCACCCUGAUGAGCCCCACCAUGGGCUCCCGGAUAUUCGCCAGCCGUGAGGACGGUGCCAUUGUUUUCGCCAAGGCUACGGGCGAACCCCCACGCGAUGCUGACGGCCGAGUGACGGGCCCGACGCCGGAGACGAUCACAACGUUGGUGGCAUCGGACCCUGGCAAGGUCGCCAAGAGGUCUGCCAUCCGUGCGGAGCUCCUUGCGGAAGAGCUGCACGAGAGGACAGCCCAGGCCGAGGGCAAGAGCGGUAAGCGAGGGGCCCUGGCAACGAUUGCCGGGUGGAUGCCGUUCGGUAAGGGCGGCUUUCUUCGGAGGCGAGCACGAGAGCACGCCAAGGUCCACAUGGGCGAGGUGAACCUGUAUGUGACCAAUAGGGGUCACCUGGAGGGUUCCGUCGAUGGAACGAGAGUCGCCCGCAAGUCCGGACCUUCGUGGUUUGGCUACCGCACGAAAGACCCCUCGUAUGAACUCUGGGUUUCCCACAGUGGCGUGGAAAUCACCCGCAACGGGAUGCUCGAUUGGAGCAUCGAGGCUGAGAACAAGGUUUAG